AUGGAAGUAUUGAAGUCUUCGACUGACCAAAGGCGGGAGAGCGGAGAGACACCAAGUAUACGCGCCAAAGCGUCGACAUUUGAUCCUGAUCAUCAUUGUCACGACCCGCACAAUUGCCCGCCAACAGAAAAGGACGAAAAAGGGAUGUUGGCGAAGGAGUUGGAGGAUGCCGCUGCAUCCAGUGACCGAAAGGCAGAGACCACUGGUAGUGACGACUUGGAAGGUGGAAAUAGAUUCAAGGGAUGGUGUCGUCGACAUCGUUCCCAUAUCCACAUUGCCAUUCAACUGGUCAUCUGGUUGCUCUUUACCGGCUGGUGGAUAGCUGGGCUUAUACUUCGCCGAAAGGAUUUGGGAUGGGUAGUCCCGUUCCUUGUUUACCUUUGCCUUACUCUUCGACUUGUAUUCUUCCAUAUUCCAAUAUCCAUCCUAACCAGACCGAUGCGUUGGGUAUGGAGAAAUACAGCUCCACGUUUCGUUUCGCUGAUCCCGGAAAGGUUUCAGACUUUGGCUGGCGCUGCAUUGGUCGUUUCCGUCAUCCUAAUAGGCGCGUUUGCUUCGCCUGAAUCGGCCGAUAAUACUCGCGAGAACCGUGCAGUUAGUUUGUUCGGCUUGGUGGUGCUGAUAGCAGGUCUCUGGAUCACUUCCAAAGACCGUAAAAAGAUUGUCUGGAGAACUGUCAUAGUCGGCAUGUUGGUCCAGUUCAUCAUGGCCUUAUUCGUCCUGCGCACCGGGGUCGGUUAUGACAUAUUCAACUUUAUUUCGUCUCGCGCAACCGACCUCCUUGGGUUUGCUAGAAAAGGAACCCAAUUCUUGACUGACGAAAAAGUCCCUACUAUACCCUGGUUUCUUAUCACAGUAUUGCCGGCGAUCAUUUUCUUCGUAUCGUUGGUACAGAUCCUGUAUUACAUCCACUUUAUCCAAUGGUUUAUUGGGAAAUUUGCAGUCUUCUUCUUCUGGUCAAUGCGGGUGUCGGGCGCAGAGGCGGUUGUUGCAGCAGCAUCCCCGUUUAUUGGCCAAGGCGAAUCGGUCAUGUUGAUUCGGCCCUUUAUCAAUUAUCUUACCAUGGCCGAAAUCCAUCAGGUUAUGUGCUCGGGAUUUGCGACGAUUGCUGGGAGCGUGUUCGUCGCAUAUGUAGCAAUCGGAGUGAACCCUCAGGCGCUGAUUUCUUCCUGCGUUAUGAGCAUACCUGCAUCGCUCGCAGUGUCGAAAAUGCGCUAUCCCGAGCAAGAAGAAACCCUGACAGCAGGGCGUGUCGUGAUCCCAGAAGACGAAAGUGAUAAACCUGUCAAUGCACUUCAAGCGUUUGCAGCAGGUGCUUGGCUGGGUUUGAAAAUCGCAGCCAUGAUCACAGCAACAUUGCUGUGCAUCAUAUCCCUUAUUGGCCUCAUUAACGGGUUGCUCACUUGGUGGGGUCGAUAUCUCAAUAUCAAUGAUCCUCCACUUACUAUCGAACUUAUUGUCGGGUAUAUUUGCUACCCCAUUGCCUUUUUACUCGGGGUCCCGCGCAAUGGUGACCUGCUCAAGGUAGCUAAACUGAUCGGCACAAAGCUCAUUGCGAACGAGUUUGUCGCAUACAAAGCCCUUCAAGAAGAUCCGGAGUACGCGAGUCUUUCGCCACGCUCCCGCCUUAUCGCAACAUAUGCACUUUGUGGAUUUGCAAAUAUCGGUUCACUAGGAAACCAGAUAGGUGUUCUAGCCCAGCUUGCGCCUGGCCGAACUGCCGACGUAACGCGGGUCGCCGUAAGCGCAAUGAUAACUGGAGCCCUCAGCACCUUGAGUAGUGCCAGCAUUGCCGGGCUACUGAUCACCGACGAACGUACUUGA